AUGUCUUCAUCACUGAAGCGGCCCUCCAAUGAUGACAAUCAGGAAGAUACCUGGGAUAAUAACCAAGCCCAAAACGAGGGCGCCAAUAAUCAAGGAAACUCCCAGCAACAAGAUCCAGAGACUACUGAAGAUCCCGGAGAAGAUACGACACAGAAUCCAGCGGCAGAACAAGUAUCUACAACAGAAGCCACAGCUCCUGCUCGUCGUCCAAAGAAGCCAAGAAGAGACAAGAAUAGCCCUGAACCAAAUUAUUCUGAGUUGGUUCAGGGUCAGAUGUCUUCUACCAAUCGUACCGGCCAGGCCUGCGAUCGCUGCAAGGUGAGUUUACCAGAGUUUACUUUACAUUCCGGUCCUGUCAGGCUUUCCCAUUUUCUCUUAACAGCCUCAAUCGCCAAUACUGCUUUUUCUGGUCCCGUUCUGAGUGGCCAACCAUACUUUUUUCCCCUUGAAUACAUCGGGAAUGCCAAAUUGCUUUGUGUAAUGUGUUUUCCCAAUUCCAUUGUAUACUUUGUUCAACAAAAACAAAGCUAUCAAAGGGGAAAUCAGCUCCGAAUUUUUGGAUUUGGCAGACCACGCUUAUACCAAAUGGCUAUAUUCACUCCUACUUUCGAUAUCACUCCAUUGGCGUUUUAA